UAGGAGCAACAUUAAAGAUCAAUUUAUGCAUAAUUGUUAUGUUCUUUUUGUCAAUUACAAAUCAACUUUUGCAAUUGUCUAUCAAUUCAACUAACCAUGCAAGUCUUUGUUAAAAUCCCAGCAGAAAAAACCCUAGUUCUUGACGUCUCGCCGGCGAACACCGUAACCGACAUGAAAAUCAAUAUUCAAAACAAAGCAAAAAUCCCAAAAGACCAACAGCGCUUAAUAUUCACCGUCAACCAACUCGAAGACGAUCAAACCCUAGCUUUCUAUAAUAUUCGGCACGAAUCCACUCUCUACCUCUUGCUUAGGCUUCCCGGUGGCGGCGGCAACAAGAAAAAGAAGAGGAAGGUGUUUACGACUCCUAAGAAGGAGAAACACGAGAAGGAAAAGGAGAAGCUAGCUGUUUUGAAGUACUAUAAGGUGGAUGACGAAGAUGGUAAAGUGGAGAGGUUGAGAAAGGAGUGUAGCGAGUGUGGACCUGGUAUUUUUAUGGCUAAUCACUCUGACAGAUAUUGCUGUGGCAAGUGUGGCUUAACGAUUCUUUUUAAUCAAACGGUUGACAGCUCUUCCGAUAAUGAUGUGUAAUUUUUUCUUUUGGUAUUAGAUUUGUUAAUUAGGCUACUAAUUAUUUAUCUAUUACACAUACGUUAAACCAACC